GGAGCGGGUUAAAAGUAGCUAAACAGUUGCCACCUGAAGAAACACAAUUAAGUUGCAUCCUCUCUCUCUCUCUCUCUCUCUCUCUCUCUCUCCAUCUGUCAUUAUGCAACAUAAAUCAUGGAUUAUCAUCGGAACAAUCUAUGCAACUCUAGUGCAAGUAUGCCUAACUCUUGGCUCCAUUUCGGGAGAUCAUAAGAUAGUCAGCUUGCCAGGGCAGCCAAAGGUUAAUUUCCAGCAAUAUGGGGGAUACAUAACCAUUGAUGAAAGGCAACACAGAGCUCUAUUUUACUAUUUUGCUGAAGCAGAAACAGAACCAGCUUCAAAGCCUCUAGUACUUUGGUUGAAUGGAGGUCCUGGUUGUUCAUCAAUUGGUGCCGGAGCAUUUUGCGAGCAUGGGCCCUUUAGACCAAGUGGAGACAUUCUGGUCAGAAAUGAUUAUAGCUGGAAUAAAGAAGCAAAUAUGUUAUACCUGGAAUCCCCAGCAGGAGUUGGAUUCUCCUUCGCUGCUAAUAAAUCCUUCUAUGACUCCGUGAACGAUGAACUCACAGCACAAGAUAAUCUUGAGUUCCUUCAGCGCUGGUUCACAAAAUUCCCAGAAUACAAAGGUAGAGAUUUGUUCAUCACAGGGGAGAGUUAUGCAGGACAUUAUGUUCCACAACUCGCACAGCUCAUUAUUAAGCAAAAUGUGAAGUUCAAUCUCAAGGGCAUAGCUAUAGGGAAUCCUCUACUGGAGUUCAAUAUUGAUUUCAACUCCAGGGCUGAGUUCUAUUGGUCUCACGGAUUGAUAUCCGAUUCAACUUAUGAAAGUUUCACUUCCAUCUGUAAUUACUCCCAAAUCAGAAGACAGUCAACUAGUCGCAGUCUCACUCCUGUUUGUUCUGGAGUAAUAAGACAAGUUUCAAGAGAAAUUAGUAACUCCAUCGACACGUAUGAUGUCACUCUUGAUGUCUGUUUACCAUCAAUUCUUUCACAAGCCCAGGUGUUGAAUCAACUGCAAGAUACAGAGAAAAUAGAUGUUUGCGUGGAAGAUGAAACAGAUAAGUACUUGAACCGGAAAGACGUACAGCAAGCUUUCCAUGCUCGACUUGUUGGAGUCUCCAAUUGGACUUUUUGCAGCGAUGUCAUCAAAUAUGAAAUGCAAAAUCUUGAAGUACCUACAAUCCAUGUUCUGGGUGAGCUUGCCAAAUCAGGCAUCCGGGUCUUAGUAUACAGUGGAGACCAAGAUUCUGUCAUCCCACUUACUGGGACACGAACACUCGUAAAUGGACUUGCCAAGGAGUUGGGACUGAAUACAACUGUGCCUUACAGAGCGUGGUUUGGAGGAACACAGGUUGCUGGAUGGACACAAGUAUAUGGCAAUAUCUUAUCUUUUGCAACCAUUAGAGGAGCAGCUCAUGAAGCUCCAUUUACACAGCCAAAGAGAUCACUUGUGCUAUUUAGUUCAUUUUUGGCAGGAAGGACAAUGCCAGAAUCACCCUCAUUGACCGAGCAUUGAGCAAGUUCUUAAACAAAUGAACAAGAUUUAAGCAACCAUAUUGUUUCGUUUUGAAUUUUUUUCAUCAACUUCUCAUUGCAACAAAAUGUACUGCAGAAGUAUAAUUCAAUGGUUGCCCUUGCUGAUUUAUUGGUAAAAA